AUGUCUUUGUGGAGCACCUAUCGCGGACUGACCCCGAAAACCCGGGCCCUCUUCGGCGUCGGCGUGAUGGCCUGGGCUACCAUUGGUCUAUGGACUACGCCCCAGGUUGAGAGUGCUCUUGGCAUGCAGUCGACCAAGGAGGAGCAGGAGGCUUUGGAUCGGAAACUUGCGGUGCGGGUUACAAGGAUUGGGGAUGAGAAGGAGAAUGAGGCGAACUGA